AUGAUUGCUACUAUAUUACUGAAUCCAGUUUUUGAGAUUAACCAUCUCAACAAGGAACAUCUAGUGUCGAUUAAGGGUUGCUAUGAUAACACAUCUGGUGUGAUUCAAGGACUUCAACUCGAAACCAACCUGAUGAGUUCUGAAGUUAUGGGAUACGAUGAGAAUGGUACCAAGUUUACACUUGAAGCCGGUGGAAACAAAAUCAUUGGGUUUCAUGGAUCUGCUGAGACAAACCUAAUGUCCCUUGGUGCUUAUUUUACAACACUUCCUCCUGUUAAGCUGGAACUUCAAGGUGGUUGUGGAGGCCACUCAUGGGACCAAGGUGUUUACACCGGCGUUACAUAUAGUCCUAGUGGGAUAUCACAUAUCAUAGUCGACUACGACAAAGCCGGACAAGUGGAAACGCGUCAGAAUGGGGAUAGGCUUGGAGAAAAUAGGGUCCAAGGAGAACAAAAGGAGCCUUCUAAUUUGGUUCGUUCCCUGAACCUCCUCCACCACCUCCCGCGGAGGAAUAGAAGAGCUUCAUGGGACGAUGGUGUUUUUAACGGUGUGAGAAAGAUAUACGUGGGACAAGGUGAGAAUGGUGUUGCAUCCGUGAAGUUUGUGUAUGACAAGAACAACCAAGUGGAAUUGGGAGAAGAUCAUGGAAAGAUGACUAUGCUUGGAUAUGAGGAGUUUGAGUUGGCCUAUCCGAGUGAAUACAUCACGGCAGUGGAGGUUUGUAACGAUAAAAUAUUUGGAAGCGAUUCCACAGUAAUAACCAUCUCCACCUUUUGGACUCGAAUCUACCUCAAGCUUCAUACUUGA